AUGUUUUGUGCAGACCAGAACUUUAAUAUUACUCAGGUUGUCCCCUUCUUCAGCUCCAAGCAUGGAGAGCUGGCCAUAUACUAUGAGCAAGAGGAGGGGGAGAAGAGCAGCUCAAGGGGUAUAGUGGGGGUAUGCACUGAGACCCACUGGAUAACUCGCUUCCUUGAGAAGUCACAGGAGGGAGUGACAGCAUUGCGUCUGGCCAGUGUGGUGUUCUACUGCCUUACCUCUCAGAUUUCAUCAUCCUGCAGCCACAAGCCAGACAGGACCUUCAGCAGGUUCUGGUUAGCAACUAACACUGCUUUGACAAAGCAGAACUUCAUUCUCAAAUAUGAUACCAACAUUCCUUGCCAGGUGGUUCUCUUCUUUAACAGUGCAAUAGUGUCUGCCACUCUGAAGAGUCUGAAAUUCUACAACAUCUCAGAAAGGCCAAGACCCGGCAGUGACGAAGAGACGGAUGAACUCUUCCUCACUGCUGGUCUUCAGGACAGAGUUGUUCAGGUCUAUGAGGGCCUUGUCUACAUGGACUUUAGCAAACAACUGAUGGAUGAACAGGGCUAUGGGGAUUACACUCCUAUGGACAUGAGCAAUCUGCCACCGUUCUGGUUAGCUUGUCUGACAGCGCUGGCUCAACUGUAA